AUGUUCAAUAAGCUAUUGUUCUUUUGCAUAUCGUCAUUGGUGAUUGCCAUAUAUUGGCAAUACCCACAAAAUGAAACAAAUCCAGAAGUCAUUACAACUCCAUAUCAAGAUUUACCAAUAACGGUUAAAGCUAAAUUGGAUCAACUUCAACCAGGUUAUGACCCGAGAAGAUUUGGGCUUGAAAUAUUAAAUUACCUCCAGGAAUCUAGUGAACCAAUACCAUUUGAUUGGAAUGAUGUUAUAGAUCGUGGCAAUAAGACUGGAUUGGGGAUUUAUUAUAUGGAUAAGUUUAAUAUUGAACAAAUUGUAUUAUUGCAUAAGCAGAUUCAUCAAUUCUCAACAAAAGAAGGUAUAGAAGAUCAAUUACCGAGAUUAGAUGAUGAAAAUGUAUCAAUUUCUAAUACAAUUAGUGGUUUCUUUGCAAAUGAAGAACAAUUGGAAAUAGAAUAUGAUUAUCAUUACUUGAAUUCAACAGAUUUUAAAUUCAAGUUAUCACCACCUUUAACUGGAAAUUCCACAAAAUUUAGAUAUUUCAAAGAGGCUUCAUUAUUACAAGAGCCUAACCUAGCACAUUAUGAUCUUCGGUUUUAUAAAGGUAGGUUGUCAUCAAUUGAUAGAAUUUCAAUACUUCAUAGAAUAAUUAGAUCAUGGUUUAGUUUUACAAAUCAAUUGAAAUUGAAUACAUGGAUUGCUCAUGGUUCAUUAUUAGGAUACUAUUUCAAUGGAUUAAUGCUGCCAUGGGAUGAUGAUUUAGAUGUUCAAAUUACAGCUAAAUCAUUUGAAAAAUUGUUACAAUGUAAUCAAAGUAUGGUUAUUGAUUAUAAUGAUGAAAUAAAUUUAGGAAAAUAUAUUAUUGAUAUAAAUCCAUGGUAUGGAGUUCGUAACAAAGAAUCAGAUAAUAAAAUUGACGCAAGAUUUAUUGACGUUGAAAGUGGACUUUAUAUUGAUAUAACUACGUUAAGUAUUGAUCAAAUUAAACUUGAAAACUUUGAUAAUGAUAAAGAUGGGUUAAUUGAAAUGUAUAAAGUAUUCAAUUCAAAUUUUGAUUAUUCAACAAUGACACAAAUUGAAAAAGCGAUUGAAGAAAUUGAAUUAGAUUUCAACGUUAGUUCUGAAAAUCAAGAUUUAGUUUUUUGUAAAGAUUAUCAUAUAUAUAAGAUUGAUGAAUUGAAUCCAUUGAUACCAACAAAUUUUGAAGGAUCAAUUGGUUAUGUACCAAAUCAAAUUCAAGAUUUACUAUUAAGAGAAUAUAAAAGGAAAAGUCUUUAUCAAUUUGAAUAUAAAACUUAUAUAUUUGAUAAAUUCCAAAGAAUUUGGAAACAUUCAUUUCAACAAUAUGAAAUUAAUUCACAAAUGAUGAAUUUUAUAAAACAUCAUGAAUCAAUAAGACAAGGUAUUAUUAAAAGAAGUGAAUUUUUCAAAUCAGAUUUAAUUGAAUUUCCAAGUUUUAGAGUAGAACCAUGGUUAAGAACAUUUAUUUUACAGAAUAUCAAUUAG